GACACGUGAACGAAUUGUAAAAGAAUUUCAUUAAUUUUUUAGUGAUUAAAUCAUAACAAACGCCUUUAUAUUGGAUUACAUUUUGUGACAGUUCAUAAUGUGUGGUGGCAAAGUUGCCGUUCCUUCAAUUGUCAAAGAGAAAAGGAGAAAUUCAGAGAAGCGAAAGGAAAAAUCUCGAGAUGCUGCUCGCUGUAGGCGCAGUAAAGAGUCUGAGAUCUUCAAUGAUAUGGCCAGCCACCUUCCUCUGGAGCAGAGUAUUAUCGCUGGAUUGGAUAAGGCAUCCAUUAUGAGACUGACUGUUGGCUUCUUUAAAGUGAAAGAAUUGUUAAAGAUUUUAAUCCCACACGGGAAGUCAAAAUGUUCAAAAGAUCCUCUCUAUGCCACCGUUUUGAAUGGUUUCUUGUUGAUUCUCUCCGAAGAUGGAGACAUAGUUUACUUAUCUGAAAAUGUUGAAGAAUUUAUUGGAAUCACUCAGGUGGAAAUGCUGGGCCACAGCCUAUUUGAAUUUUCACACCCAUGUGACCAUGACGAAAUAAAGUCUCUGCUUUCUUCUAAGAGUGUUCUCAAAGAUAAAACUGCAGAUGAAGAGAAUGAAACGAUAUCAUUAUUUGUACGAAUGAAAUCCUCACUGAAGCCUAAAGGAAAGACGAUGAACUUGAAAUCUGCCACCUAUCAAGUGAUACAUUAUAUGGGGCACAAAUUUGAUAAGCCUAGUAGCACGCCAGCCUGUCCUGCUUUUUAUCUGAUGUUUAUUGGAAAAACAAUUCCGCAUCCAUCUCAAAUAGAUGUUCCUUUAGAUAAACAAAUCUUCAUCAGUCGUCACAGUCUGGAUAUGAAGUUUACGCACAUUGAUGAGAAACUGUCAGAAUAUCUAGGAUACAAAAGUUCAGAGCUUCUGGGUCAAUCUGUCUUUUCUUUUCAUCAUGCCUUAGAUUCUUCAUCAUUGCUUGCAUCCUUCAAGAUGUUGUUUUCCAAAGGUCAGUGUGAAACAGGCUACUAUAGAUUCCUUUCCAAGCAUGGUGGUUACAUUUGGGUUGUAACUCAGGCGACACUUAUAUAUGAAAACGGGAAGGAGAAGCCAGAAUGUGUCGUCUGCCUUAAUUAUGUGCUGAGUAAAACAGAGAACCAAAAUGAAAUACUGAGUUGCCAACAAGAGAAAGUUGAGAAGAUAAUAACUGAAGAAGAGAAAACGGAAGGAGCCAAACCUGCUUCUUGGUCCUCCAAUACAUCAGCAACAUUCACCUUUAAAGAUCCAGAUAUGAGCAAAGAUUCCCUCGAUUAUUGUGAUGCUGAUAUCCUAUUAUUCCCAGAGUCUAUGAAAGAUUCCAAGUUGCAGCUAGAUUUGGAUCUCUUUCCAGAUGAUCCAUAUGACAUAUGUGAUGAUCCCUUCAUCUCUUACAGGGAUGAUUCUAUCUCCUCCCCUGACUCCUCUCUCAACCUGGCCACCAGUAACAGCACAUCCCCAGUCCACUUUAACACGACUUCAAACACUCCAGAUUCUAAUUGUAUGCCAGAUGUACCGAGCUUAGAUUCUCUCAAUUUGGAACUUAAAUUUACGAUGCCCCCCUCUGUCAAUGCAGAUGAUUUGCGAGCACCCUUUGCCACUGCAGAAGAGGACCUCUGUCCCUUCAUCAGUCCUUCCAAUUCUGUGAUGUGGGGACCUCAAGAGCCUAAAAAGUCCCCGCCACCUCCUCUCGAAAGGACAUCUGACCAAGAAUCCACUCGAGUCAUUUCCACCAGACAAAAUGAAAACUCUCUGAAGUCCAGUCUAGCUGCCUUGUUACAAUCGGACAUGAAGAAGCCCCCCACCCUCACAACAAACAAACAACAAGAAAAAGUGCGAAAAGAGCUUUCCAAGCGAUGGCCUGCUCAGAAAAAUUCAACUAUGAAACAAAAACAAUUCACACCUUCCAGAAAUGGUAACAACCACUCGAGUAGUGGGCACAUAAUCAUGCUUGACACUAUUCCAAUAAAGAAACAGGUUGGAAAGUCCAAUGCCAGGCGUCAGAAUGAGCGGAAGACUCCACCCUUCGGCUCUCACAUUGCCACUGUUAAAGUGAAUGAUCGUCUGAUUAAAGUUCAGGUCUCUGUAUCAGAACUUCCAACAUCUCCUAUUGAGCACAAACAACCGCCAGACCCUCCCCCAAAGAGAUUCAGUCCUUCAUGUUUGGGACCAACAGAGAGUCCCAAACGCCUGAAAGUUGACAACGGACUUUCAUGUUCUGGUCCACUGAGAGACAGUGUGCUCUUAAACCUUCUGAUCAGUGGAGAAGAUGCGAGUCGAGGCUACCUGUGUUCUGGCAAGAACAGAUGUUCUAAUAACAAGAUUGACUCACUCCAAACGAUCUCUCCGAGCGAUGUGAGUGAUAAUACAGAACUUUUAGCAUCGGACAGUGAGCUGUUGGACUCUUUUCUGAAAAUUAGCCAGUACGAUGCUGAAAUAAAUGCCCCUAUUCAAUCAUCUCAUCUGCUUCAAGGGGACGAUUUGUUGAAUGCUCUUGAUCACACGCUACUGCUUAGGAAUGUCCCGACACUUGUCUAAAUCUGAACACACACACACAUUGUGCCUACACGGAGUGGAAUAAUUCCAUUAUUCACUGUAAAUUGAGAUAAAUUUUAUUUUUUAUUGUGCAUCUUGUUAAAUGAAUGACAGACAUCUUGACUUUAUUUUGGCCAAUUUUUCCUGCAAAUACAGAAAAGGAGAGACUGUAAUAAAAUUUGAGUUUUUUUUACUAAUAUAUAUGAAGCAUUAUUCUAACUUUUCAUUUUGUAAAUUCUCAAUUUUUAAGCUUUAUUUUUAAAUUCUUCCGUAUUAUGUUUUUUUUUUUAUAAAUUCAGUUUCUUUUUCUUUUUACCUUUCAUAAACUUAAAUACUAUAUUCUGUGUGAGAAAGAAUAGUAUUAUAUAAUAAUUUGUUUUUCUUACUUACUACAAUUUUGACCUUGUGCUAGAAACAAAUAAAAAUUCAAUGCUAUUUAUGAAAAUAAUUUAUUGAAAUUGUUCUGGUUACAAAUAGUGAAAGAUGUAUAUAUUUCCUAUCUCUAAUAAACAUAACUAUAAUGUUGUUAAAUGAAAAUAGUUUAACUAUUGUUUUGUAAAAGUUCUAUAAUUAUAUUCUCAAGAAGCUUUAAUUUCUUUUAAUUAACGAGGGCCUUAUGUAGGAACUGAAAAUGCAUUGUGGAUUAUAAAGAAAAUCAUAUGUUAUAGAAUAAUGUUAUUGUAGAAUUAAAGUAUAAUUUAUUAAAUAUUUUGUCGUAAAGCAUAAAUUAACUGUGUUUAAAUGAAAUAUUAAGCUAACUGAGACAAAUCAAUUCAUAUCUUAAAGUAUGAAAUGUUUCAUGUCAUAAUGGUUUAUUAGAAAGAAUAUUAUUAUAGCAUCACAUAAGUUCCAACUCUUGUACUUUUAAAAUGAAAUUUGUCUUUAAUUCUUGAAGAGACUUAUGGUUAAGCCUUGAAAAGAUUUGUUGUGAUAAGCCACACUAAAAAGAGGAAAGAUUAUAUCAAGGUUUUGAAAAAUUAAUCAUCUUGAGAUAAAAAUUUAUCUGUGUUUUUUAUUCGUCGUUUUUCCUUACUUAUUUGACUUAAUUGUACUAAUAAAAAAAAACCUGGGCAUAGAAAAUAUUUAUAAUUUUUAGACUACAAUCUUUUUACAUUUUUUCAUAACGAAUUAAUAAACGUUUUUGUAUUGGCUUGUUGUCCUAAAAAAGAAGUAGUAUCUCCACUUUAUUAAAUUCAAAAUAGUGCUUUUAAAUAGAACGGACCUGCAUGAAAACUUUUAUGAAUUUUCAAAACUGUAUUUUAGUCGUAAGUACUUAAUACUAGGUUUUAGAAUCGUAUUGAAGAGAAAAACCAAAAAUAACAAGAAAUAGAGAAACUGCUUUCGUGAUUAAAACAACAGUUUAUGUCAAAAACUACUGUUUUAUUGCUUAGAGCAACAGUCUAGGUCAAGAGAUACUGCUUUCUUGCUUAAAACAAGUCUAGGUCAAGAGAUACUGCUUUCUUGAUUAAAACAACAGUCUAGGUCGAAAUAAUGCAAAUAAGGAGUGGCUUAUCAUAUCACAAGACCUAAUUGUUUUUUUUUUAACUAAAAUAUCUUUACUAUCUAAAUCAGAUCUAUAUUACUUCCUUUUACUCAUGACUUUUUUAAAUUGUGUCUCAUUAUUCCCUGGCAUUCAUCUGAUUAUUGUAUAGAUCAUGAAUGUUGUAAAAUAGUUGUUGACAUUCUUCAUUUGACUGUCUUUGUGUGUGCUGUUCCUAAUAAAAGAAUCGAAGAAAAAAAAACUCUGGGUGUAUAUUUGAUAUUUCAAUUGUGGCUUUUGACCUUCUAAAUGUCAUUGAUCAAAAUAGUUUAUGAUAAAUAAAAUGAAAAAUGUAGUAGUGCAUCCUUUGAAGACAAAACAAAAAAAAAGCCUCUAUAAAUAAAUCUUUUUGUACACAAACAAUGCAUUCUUUUAUCAUUAAACAUUAGUGAUAAUUUAUUCUUUAAUAAAACACUUUGUUUCAUUAUUUAAUAAUUUUCUUUUUUAAUGUGAGAAAAUAAUAUUUUUUUUAUGAUAAAUAUGAUGGAAAGUUUAAUGUGACACGUUUUUCAAAUUGUAUUGAUGUUUUUUCACAGUAAUCUAUAUUUCAAUUGAAAUCCUCAAUUACAUGAAGUACAGUCAGCACUUGCUGAAACAAUCCCUGUUGUCUAUGCAAGAAUAAACAUUACACCAUAAAUUCAGAGAAAUGUUGCAAACAUUAACUCAUACCUAAUGGUUACGAAAUUUAUUUUGACAAAACCAUAUGCAACAACCUGUAUAGUUUAUCAAUACUAAAAAGUAAGUGAUAUGUUAAUUUAAUUGUUCUUAAUUAACAUCAAAUGUUAAUUUGUUGUAUUUUUCAAUGACCACAAUCACCUAAGAUAAGACCUGAGAGAGUCCUCCCAUUUAAGGUUUAUUGUGUUCAAUUUGUGCUGACUUAAAAAGAAAUUGUGAUUUAAAAUAUUUCAUUGAAAUUUUUGUUACUCAUUGAAUCCUUCUCAAUGAAAGUAUUUUUAUUUUAAAGUUAUUUUAAAAGUGAUUUUCUAUGAAUAAAAAAGAAGAGGAACUAAAUUUCAGUUGCUGUAUUAAAAUUAAUAGUUGAUAUCAAACAUUAUAAUGUAUUGUCAAAAUAAUAAUGAGUAAUGUAUUUGUUCAUUAGAGUGGCUGUUAUAGUAAUGGUCAUACUAACGAGUGUAGACUGCAUAUAAUUAUUUUUUUAAAUUAGGAUGAAUUGUGUCUACAUCCUUGUCCAUGCGAUGCAUUAUUUUCAAAAAAUGGUUUUUGUUGAAGAACAGUUUUUGAGAUGGAAAGAUUGAAUAAUGUUUACAUUAAACUAUGUAUGGUUGAUUACAAUAGUUCUCAUCACUCAGAAAUAUUUCUCAUUUAAUUUUUUUUCAUGAAGCUGGGUCUAUAACAAAAAGUUCUAUUCAAGAGAGGGUUCUAUUCAAGAGUUCUACUCUCUCUCCCUCUUUUUUUUUCUUGAGUGAUUGACGACAUCUUAUAUUUUUUAAUUAAUAAUAUGAUGCUUCUAUAUUUGUUAACUAUCUAUAAUAUAAAUAAAUAUACUUAUUUGUUUUAAUAUUAAUUUUAUUUGAAUAAAAAGGUAAUUUUUUGCCAGUUUUCUAAGGUGGGUUGAACCCUCUCUUCUGAUUUCAAGCUUGUCGUGAAAUCUAAUUGAUAUUGUUCUAAUGACUAUGAAGUAACUUUUAAUUUAUUUUUCAUAUAUUUUCAUACAUGACUAAAACUCAAAUUGUAAUUAAAUAGUAUAUUUUGCAAUUAUAAGAAGAAGAAGGGGAAAAAAAAUACAACGAAAAAUAUACCAUCCAUUAACUAUUGCUAAGAUCAGAUGCACUGAUCUUUAAUCCUUUUAUGGUGCUUAUUAUAAUGAUAAUUAUGGUUAUUGUUAAUGUAUAGAUGUUUAUUCAUUAAUUCUAUAUGUUGCUUCAUUAAAAACAUAUAUUUUUAUUGUAUUUACAACUGUAUGAAAUUUCCAUAAAAAUAUCCCACUGUUGAAAAGUUGACUUCUAAAAAAUAUAUACGUAUGUAUUUUUUAAAUUUAAGAUUUUUUUUUAAUGUCUGUCUAAUUGUUUGCUUGAUUUUCAAUAACUUAUUUUUACUAUGGCUUUAAUUUCUCUCAUUAUUUUACAAUGAAAACUGAUUUUAUCGCUCCUAUACAAUAUAUUUAGCAGAAAACUUUAGUACAAUGGAAAUCAUUUUGAAAACUGUUGAUAUUCAUUUACAAUAUUGUUAAAACUUUUGAGAAAUACAGUAGGGAACCGAUUAUCCGGAACGAUCGGGGCCAUCGCUAUUCCGGAUAACUGAUUUUUCCGGUUUUCUGAAUAGCUGCAAAAAGCCGUUUUUUUAUUGUUAAACCCAACUAAAAAAGAAUUUUUUUUUGGAAAUAAUCUUAAAAAGAAGAAAAAACGAUGAAGUAAUACACUAAUGAUUAUUUCCAAAAUGAUGGUAAGGUGAAUAUCUUUCAAAAAAGAAAGAAAAAUCCUAAAAUCUUAUGAGGAAAAAAAAAUUUUUUUUUUUAAAAAUGGCGGGAAAAUUUAUCGAAUUUCGUUCCGGUUUUCUGGUUUUCCGGUUUUCUGAUUUCCGGAUAACGGGUUCUGUACUGUACUUGAAUUUGAAAGCAGAAAGACCUCAAGUAAUAAAGAAAUAAAUAUUGGCAAAUUAUUUCAAAAAUUGUUGUUCCUUUUCAAAAAGAAUAUUAAAAUCUGUUGUGAAAUAUAUUUGAUUCCUUUAACUGUAAGAGAUGUUUCUUUAUUUAUUUUUUUCUUUCGUUUCUUUAGAAGAACUGCUGUAAAAGAGUUCAUUUAAUAAAUAAUAAGUUUUUGGACUUUAAAGUUUUGAUUUGUUAUUUGAGUUUUUUGUCUAUUUCAAAUGGUAUUAUUAUAGUCCAGUAUUUAUUAAUUUCAGACAGUGAUGAUCAGUAUUAUAAACAAUGACGUGUUUUAGUUCUCCAAUGGUAUAUAUAAGCACUUAUAUCGAAGAGAGCACUUAUAACAAUCAUUACAUAAUUCUUAAGUAAUGUAUUUUCUGUGAUUCAAAAGACAAAGGAGGUAUUUUUAAAUUAAAAGUUUUCAAAUACUAGUUGGAAAUAUAUUGUACCUGUAAGUUGUUAGAAUUCUCUAAAAAUGUUUUUGGAAGACAAAUAACAAUACAAAUAACAAGAACAUUGUUUAAGACAAAUAACAAUAAACAUUUGUUCAAAAUUUAUAACAAUCAUUACAAAUGCUUUACUGAAUUUGUUACAUAUUUUGUUUGAUUUGGAACGAAAGACCAAUAAAGUAUUUUUAAAAUUAAAAAUUUUGAAAUACUGGUUAUAUAUUCCAACUGUAAUUUGUUUAGAAUACUUAAAAAAAAUUAUACUUAAUUCUUUUAAUUUGUGAAAAUGUUUAUUUUAAGAGAUGUUUUUUAUUUUAAUUUCCAUAUUGCUUAUUAUUCUAGUCCUUUAAAUUAUGCAGAUAGGUUAAGAACAACUUAAAAAAAACUACUAAAACUGGAGGGGGGUAGGAAUCUUAAAUGAAAAGAAAAUUUAACUUUUUAUUUUCUUCCCUGUUUUUAUAAUUUACAUUACGAACUUAACUGAGGCAAGGAUAAGUUGUCCGGGAUAAGAGUUAGGAAUAAUAAGUCCAUAAUUAUGUGAACAAUUGUAAAUGUUGUGGUUUUCCAUAUCUGUGCACAAUUUGUAGGACUUUACUUAUUGUGUAAAAAUUAGUACCUAUGCAAACUAGUUGAGAAAUAAAAUAUAAAUACAAUUUUGUAUUCUGUUUAACUGCCAACAUAAAUAUAUGUUCACUAAUAUAUAAAUUUAAUUUGUUUAUUUCAUUUUUUUUUUGUUUGAAUUUUGUGUGAAAAUUAUAUUGAAUAAACUUGGUUGCUAGAAUGUCCAAAAAAAUGUCAAACACUUUUCUUUUUUACUUGAAAUUUAUCGAAUUGUUCUUUUUGUGAAGAUUCAUAAUGUUUAAAGAGAUUUAAAUGUGUAUAAAAUGAUCCACUCUUUUUGAAAUCUCUCAUAUUAGAAGGAUUUUUUUUUCUUUUUCUUCAUGUGCUUCAUUGAUGUUGUGUUCCCCCGUUCUUCAUUUCAAAACUGAAUGCCUCACAACCAUUUUUAUCCACUGCCAUGUAUUAAUGUUUAUAAACUGUGUGUGAAAAAUAUGUAUAUGACAUAUUAGGUGCUAAAAAGAAAUAAUGUUCUUCAUAGAUUUUUAUUUUUUGCUUAUAUUUUUGAGAAAAACAAAGUGACUAUCCCUAUAAAUAUACACUUUGCAUAAUGCCAGUUGCAUCUCACACAAAUAUAUAUUCGUGCGUGUGCUAUUUUGUAUUCAUCUUAUCUUAUUUUACUUUUAAUUGAAAGAAAAUUAAUUAAUAUGUAUUUCGAAUGAAAGAACAAAGCUUUAAAUAGUGUUUUUAUUUUGGAUACAGAUGUUGAAAACAUAAUAAUAAUGUUAAAUGAAGUGUGUUCUUUUCAUUUGCAAGGCAACAAGGAAAUCCUAUAUGUGUCAAAUCAGGGUUGUCACUUCACAGGGAAAACCUGGAAAAUACAGGGAAUUUAAAAGUCACCUAAAAUAACAGAGAAAAUGCAGGGAAUUUUGGUUGUUUCUUUAGAAACAGGGAAUUUUGUUUCUUAUUUUUGUCUUUUAAAAGAUGGUAACCACUCAAAGCGUUAUCUAUGGGAAAUUUAACAGAUAUUUCAGCUAUACUAAACUAUUUCAUUUAAUAUAGCAUUAUUUAAGUUUGUUCAGCUGUUUUUCCUGGAAUUAAAACUAAUAAAUAUAGUUAGCCCAAUAUGGCUCUCACAAGAGCACAGUAAUUGUUGUUUCCUCUUAAUAUAUUGUGUAUAAUAUACAUGGGGAAAACACAGGGAAUUUUUUUUCUCCAGAUUUGAGUGGCAACCCUGCCAAUGCUAAUUGAAUAAUUUGGCUCUUUGCAAGUGUCAUCAUCUUUUUAAAAUGUAGCCAAAGUCUUCAACAUUUUCUAAUCUGUCUGAUAUUAGGCUUACUAAUUGAAAAAAGUCUACAACAUCUUCCAAUCUGCUGACAUUUUUUAGAUUUCGCCUUUAUGCUUUUAGAUCUCUCUAUCUCUCUCAAAUCAUUUGAGAGGUAGAUGGUGUAAUUUUUAAUAAUAAAUAGGUCAAUUGCAACAAAAAUAAAAAGGACUGAUUAAAGACUUUACCAAUGAACCAUAUGAAUUGCAAAAUAACCAGGCACAUUUGCCAUAUUCUUCAAUUAGCCUAGGGCAUAUCUAGAUCCUUUAUUUUUCCUUUUAUUUUUUUGAACUUAAAAUUUGAAAAAAAAAAGUGUUUCGAGUGAAAUGUUUUAUUUUAAUAAGUUUUUGCAGUAGCAUCGAACUUUUUUUUUUAGGAAGAAUAUUUUUCAGUGUUUUAUAGUUUAUAUAGUACACGUUUAAUAGUUUAUAUCCCUUUAGCAAUAACUUAGAUGAAUACUACUUAUAAUCCCUAGAAUGGUAAAAUGCAUUUAGAAAUAAUUAUAGUUUAACUGUUCUCGAGUAUAGUUUCAAAAUAACUUUAAAAGGAUACCAUAAAAUCUCUAUUAUAGUCUUGUUUGCUAUAUAUUAUCAAUAUUAUGGGACAGGCAUUUAUUUCUGUUUAACUCAUUUAAUAUUUUUUGAAAAUGAAAAAAAUAUAGUAUAUGAUUCAAAAAAAUAAAUCUUAUUAUAAUUCAGUUUUGCUUAUUAUUUUUGUUUCGUCAGUGCCAAAAUCAUUAUUUUUAUUAAUAGUGGAUGCACAAAUUAUGCGUCAUUAAUUGCAUGCUAUACAUAAUAUUUAUGACAAGUAAUAAUAUCAUUUGUUUUAUAGCUUAUGUUACUAAAAGCUUGUUUACAUACUUUACCCAUUUCAGUUUUAAAUCGAACUAUGUACUGUAUGGCAGUCAAAGUAUGACCUUUAUGUAUAUAUUUUUAAUCAGACAUAAAAGUGCAAAUCAUUUAAUGUUGCGCUUAGUGAGCAUGAAUACACUCUUGCAAUAUGGCCUCUGUACAUCUGUUAAGAAGAGAAAUAUAUGUAAUUUAUUCAGCAGAUUUAUGAAAUGUUUAUUGUGAUUGUUUUUACUAUGUGAUGAGUACUAUUUUGUUCUAUUAUUAUUCUAUUGUAUGAAUCUUUUAAAAAAUGACUGUGUUUAAAAAAGCAUUUACCAUUUUGCAUCACAUGUAAGUAGUAUUUUAGUAUAAAAUAAAGAUAUUCUGCUAUUU